AUGUGCAGGGCAGAGCGCAGCACUGCCAAAACUGCUGUGCCAAAAGAACUGGCUGAAUCCGGCAGAUACGAGCGGAACGAAGAAGGUAAGGACCAAGGAGGCAAUUCCAAGAGAAUGAAGUCACUUCGGAAGGCGGCCAGCCAAGCGACAGUGAAAACCAGGGAGCUGUUGCCACUCGGAGACCUGGAUGCUUUGGGCCACUCUGAGGAGGCAGUAGAAGCUACCAAGUCCCAGAGUAAAACUGCCCAAAACCAAAAAACAAAAAGUAGUCCUAGUGACACCAGUGGCCAAGCCCCUGCGGAGACUGAGGCUCACGGCGAGCCCUCGAGGACCUCAGAGAAUGGGUCCGUGCCGCCCCCGAAGGCACCCGGGAAGCGCGGGCGGAAGCCCAAGACAGAGAUGCUGCUGCUGAAACUGUCUCAGGACCUGGAGUGCCCGACCCCGGAGCCUAUCUGUGUGCAGAAGAUGCUGGGGAGCAGCGGGGCGGCGGAAGGCCUGGAGACCCCCCCCAGCGGGCGCCCCAAGAGGCGAGCGGCCAAAGUGGCUUUGCUGUACCUGCAGGAGCUGGCAGAGGAGCUGACAUCAGUGUACCAGCCUCCGGCUCCCACCGAGGGUGCCCAGGAGCCGGAAUCGGAGCUUGAGCAUAUCCAGAAAAAGCGUCGGAGCCGGCGGAGGAAGGAGGAGGAAACAGAUAGUGAUGAUCCUGCACGAGAUGCUGACUUUGUGCCCUCGAAGGAGGUGUUGCUGCAGGCAGAGGAGGAGGAGGGGAGCGACGCGCCACUCAGCGAGGUGUCAGAGCCAGAGAUGGAGGCCCUCCGAGGACACGGUGUGAAGAUGUCGUCUGCAGGGGCAGGGCCGGGAAGCGGGGCUGCUGCUGAUGUCUGGCGCAUCCGCUGCAGGCGGGAUCAGAAGUACUCGCAGUGGGAGUUUCCCGACUGGAUCCCUUUGGCCCACAAGUGGACGUGUCUCUCUGAAAGCGAAGCUGCCCCGUACCUGCCAACAGAGGAGAAGUCUCCCCUCUUCUCCAUCCAGCGGGAGGGCAUCGAAGACGACGGUGUCUUGUACAGGGUGAACAGGUUCAACCCCCUUCAGCCCCACGAGGAGCGCCUGGAUGUGUCCUUCUUCGGGGAUGGGUCCUUCCACAAGUACGUUAUCUACAAGGUGCAGUGUAUUGCCGUGCUGCAGGUGGGCUCUAUCCAGGCAGGGAAUGCAUCUGAGUGUGGCCAGUGCUUUAGCCUCUCCUGGAUGCCAUCCAAGCCCCAUCACCACCUUGCGGCUGGCUUUUAUGAUGGCACUGUGGCUGUCUGGAACCUGCUCACCAAGUCCCUGCUGCAGUGUGUGCGCCAGCCCGAUGGCUCCCUCAAACUCUACCCUUUCCGGUGCUUUCUAGCCCAUGACCACGCGGUCCGGAGCAUUGAGUGGUGCAAGGCCGACAGCAACUUCCUGGUCACGGCAGGGAGCGACCGUAAGAUCAAGUUCUGGGACCUGCGGCGGCUCUACGAGCCCAUCAACAGCAUCAAGCGGUUCCUCAGCACUGAGGUGGCCUGGCUGCUGCCCUACAAUGGUGUCACUGUGGCUCAGGACAACUGCUACGCCUCUUACGGUCUCUGUGGGAUCCACUAUAUUGACGCCGGGUACUUGGGCUUCAAGGCUUAUUUUGUGGCCCCUCGCAAGGGAACCGUGUGGGGCCGUCCCCCCUCCCCAGUCCCUUCUUGGCUGCUUGUGCUGCUGCUGCUCUCCAACAAGUUUAUUGAUGGCUGCGGGCUCUGCCACCGCCCGCUGGACUCCUUGCACAAAGAGACAGACAGACGGACACUCCACGGGUGCAACAGACACGGACUUACAACGGUGGGAAUGGGUCAGGCCGAGGCAUGGCAGGAUCCGGCCCUGGCCUGGGCCAGGCGGCAGGGAGCAAGGCUAGGGAAGCCGGUGCUGAGGGCUGAGCUCUAG